AUGGCAAGGAAGCAUGAUCAUAUUUCUUCACUUUUUGAUUUCAUUGCUAGGGUGUUGAAUGUUGUUGGAUCAUCAUGUAAAUGGCGGGAUAUGCUUAGAGAAAAACAAACUGAAAGAACUAUCAAGGCACUUGAGAUUGGGGAGAUUUUUAGUGGACAAGGUUUAAAUCAAAAAACCAAUCGUUCUGGUGAUACACUUUGGGGCUCCCAUUAUAAUACCUUACUAAGUUUGAUUAAUAUGUUUGCUCCAGUGAUUGAUGUGCUUGAAUUUUUUGGAAGUGAUGCUUUAAUUACAAGUCAUCGCACAGAGGCACAAGACAUUACUGAUAGACUUUUAUCCUUUGAAUUUAUUUUUAGCCUCUUCUUGAUGAAAAAAGUAUUGGCAAUCACAAAUGAGUUAUCACAAGCCCUACAAAGGAAAGAUCAAGAUAUUGUGAAUGCGAUGAAUUUGGUGAAAGUAUCAAAACUUCAGCUUCAAGUUAUGAGAGAGAGUGGGUGGAGUUGUUUUCUUGAAGAUGUCUCCUUGUUUUGUAAUAAACAUGGAAUUGGUGUACUUGAUAUGAAUGCUAAAUAUGUCACUCGAGGGCAAAGACGACGUAAUGAAGAAGAAUUGACAAAUCUAUAUCAUUAUCGAGUUGAGACUUUCUACACUAUUCUGGACAUGCAACUUCAAGAAUUGAAUGCUCGAUUUUCUGAUUCUAAUACAGAAUUACUUCUAUGUGUUAGUUGCUUGAUUCCAUCUAAUUCAUUCUCUCAUUUUGAUAAGAAAAGACUACUCUGGCUAGCUGAAUAUUAUCCAAAAGAUUUCUCCCAAUUUGACAAAUGGAAGCUUAGUGAUCAACUUGAUACUUACAUUGUUGACAUGCGCCUCAGUACUGAUUUUACAAACUUGAGUGGGAUUGGUGAGCUUGCUAGCAAAAUGGUAGAAACUGGAAGAAAUAAAGUUUAUCCUUUGGUAUACUUGCUCUUGACAAUGGCUUUGAUCUUGCCAGUUGCUAUUGCUUCGGUUGAGAGAGCAUUUUCGGCCAUGAAUAUCAUCAAGAAUAGAUUGCGCAAUCGAAUGAAUGAUGAAUGGUUGAAUGAUAGCUUAUUUAAGAGACGUGGUCUCUUGGAGUUGGAAAUUAAAUUGUAA